CCAUUAAUCCCCACUCUUUUUGUGUGUAUGAUUUGUACUGUAGUUCCACUGGAUCACCACUAUCAGGCAAUGUAAUACCUUCUCUGGUCUAGUAGGAACAGGGGAGCUUGGACUUUUCCUGACUCACAGGGAGCAAACUUAUCUCUCUCUCUCUUUCCAGCACUUUCUGGCUUCUUCUCUGACAGUCUGUUCCGCUGACUGACAACAUCUACUCUGAACCUGUGGAGGAAACUAUCCCACCUCUCCUUAUUUCUUAUCCUUCGCUCUCUACGAUCUGAUCUGGGACUUGUACACUUUUUGGUAGUUGAGCUUGCACUCACUUUAGUCUGUGUGUGUGUGUGUUAGUGUGUGUAUGUGUGUGUUUGUAUGCUAGUGAGUCAGUAUGCCAUGUCGUCCCCUGGCUCGUCGUUUGUGCAGAUAAAGCAUGAGGAUCUGCUUUUCUAUGAGAACUGUGGAGGAGGCAGCUUUGGGAGCGUCUACCGAGCCCUCUGGAUAUCCCAGGACAAGGAAGUGGCUGUAAAGAAACUUCUAAAGAUUGACAAAGAGGCUGAGAUUCUCAGUGUCCUGAGUCAUAAAAACAUCAUUCAGUUUUAUGGAGCCGUGCUGGAAUCUCCCAACUAUGGCAUUAUCACAGAGUUUGCCAGUGGAGGGUCUCUGUAUGAGUACCUCUCCAGUGAGCAGAGCGAGGAGAUGGACAUGGAGCAAAUCAUGACAUGGGCCAUACAGAUAGCCAAAGGGAUCCAUUACCUCCACGCUGAAGCUCCAGUCAAAGUCAUUCACAGAGACCUCAAGUCACGGAACGUGGUGAUGACAGCAGACAGGACCCUGAAGAUCUGUGACUUUGGGGCGUCUAAGUUCCUGUCCCAUACCACCCACAUGACGGUGGUGGGCACUUUUCCUUGGAUGGCUCCUGAAGUCAUUCAGAGCCUGCCUGUCUCCGAGACCUGUGACACUUACUCCUAUGGCGUGGUGCUGUGGGAGAUGCUGACUCGGGAGGUUCCUUUCAAAGGUUUUGAAGGGCUGCAGGUUGCAUGGCUGGUGGUGGAAAAACAAGAGAGGCUGACUAUCCCCACCAGCUGUCCAGCUAGUUUUGCAGAGCUGAUGAGGAAAUGUUGGCAAGCAGACCCAAAGGAGCGUCCGCAGUUCAAACAGGUGAUGGUAACCCUGGAGACCAUGGCCAACGACAGCAGGCUACCGGAACAGUGUAAUUCCUUCUUACACAACAAGGACCAGUGGAGGUGUGAAAUUGAGGCGACCCUGGAGCGCCUUCGGAAGCUGGAGAGAGAGCUGUACUCCAAAGAGAAGGAGCUGGAGGAGAGGGAGAGGAGGCUCAAACUGUGGGAGGAGAGGCUGAUGGAGAGGUCCAACAUGACCCCCAGUCCCACCUCCCUCCUCAUGGAGCGCUCAAACAUCUCACCAUUCUUCACACCGCUGUCCAUCGGCUCCUCGGGCUCCUUUUUCCGCUCGCACUCUCAGGAAUGCAACAGUGCCGGGGUGAGCAGCGCGGGGGUCAGCAGCCUCCUCCGGACCCUCAGCAACGGAGACACGGAGAGGGGGAGCAGUGCGGUGCUGGACAGGGGGGUGGGCUCGCUCGACAGCGGGAGGCUGCAUGCCGUGUUCCGAGGGUUGCAGGGGAGAUUCGGAGAGGAAGACGUGGAAGAGGAAGGGACCCUGGAGGAGAAAGGCUGGGGGCAGAGGGAGAGGGACGAGGGUGGAAGUGGGGAGGGAGGAAGGGUGCAGGUGACACUCAGGAGCUUCCCGGGAGGUGUAGUGGAGAGGGAGGAGAGGACGUGGGAGGAGGGGGACCGGGACAGAGGAGGCAUGCAGAGGAGCAGGGUGACCACCAUAGUCCGAGGGUACUCAGGCGGGUUUGGAGAGGCAGAAGGGGAGAGGGAACGGGAGAAGGAGGGAGGGUGGGAGAUAGACAAAUUAGGGGACAGGCUAGAUGAGAGAGGGUUGGAGGGAGGUAUGGAAGGAGGGAUGCUCCCAACUAUGUUCAAGGGUCUCCAGGGGAGUUUAGGGGGCUUGGGGGACAUGCUGUCCUUAGACAUGGAUGACAUGGGGGACAUGGACAGACUAGGGGACAUGGACAUGAACAUGGGGGACCUGGGAGUGAGGAAGGUGAGGAGCGAGCUGGGGGUCAGGGGUCGCAGGAGUGACAUGGGAGUGGUGGUCCAGGGAGUGAGAGGUGACCGCAGCGAGGCCAUCAGCCAAAAGAUUAGAGGGGAAAUGGGGCUCAUAGGUCACUCGGGGGUGCAGGUGAGCAUGCAGGCUUCGUCCAAUCAGAACUCUGUGAAGAGCUGCAGCGUGCGACACGGAACCAAGAUCAAUAUGGCGAGUGCGGCCAUGGACAUGAUGGAGCUCGAUUGGUCCGAUAGCGACUAGAAAAGGAGCGCAAACACACAGAAAUACACACAGAGGCCAAACUAGAAAGAUAUUGACUUGUUAGCACAUACAGUGUCUGAGCUACAGUAUGUGCAUUAGAAUCUCCAGUUGAAAAACAGCUGGUUUACACAUAUUUGUUUUGUUAUUUUAUCUUUUUUUUAUUGAAUGAUGGAAACUACACCCAUGUGUACUGUGAAGUGGGAACGAGCAACAGGACAAUCAGAGGUUGUCUUGUCAUAUUGUCAGAAUGACUUCACCUGUGUAUUUUACUGUAAUGUGCUAUUAAAACAGCCGUAUAACAUACUGUAAGAGGUACAAGUGUUACAAAAUAACACACUUGAAUAGCGCUCUAAUGAGGCAGCAGAGUCUGGUUUUUCUCUCCCCUGCUUUUAGAGUAUCUUCUAGUUUAUAGAUGUGAUUUGUUCAAAACAAGCUUUGACGUUCUCAGUUCUAACUGUGAUUUAGUGUGUGCAUUUUUGGCAUUUCUUUCUGUAUAUUUUAUCCUUUUUCAAUAAAAAGAAAAUAAGCUCUGAUUC